UAUGCCUCCCAGCCGGACGCUAGACUCAUAAAGGCUUGUCCAAAAAGUGGCCGCAAGACAGCAAAUCUGGGUGUCUUUGUCUAACAGAGGUUUUUUUUAAUUCAUUUUUUGGGACUUUUUAAAAAAAGGUGCAACAAGAGAAAAGCGACAUCCGGCCCGUGUGUCCAGAUGUGCACUGAUUAAACCAGCCUCUUCAAGAGCUUCUGAAGAUCAUCUCAACACACGUCGCUCAAUUCCGCUCCUGAGAAAGCUGUGCACCGCGGGACUCGACGGGACACAGAGAGGAAAGACAGCAUGAAGGUGACAGCCCUCAUCCUUUGGUGCUGCCUGGUCUGUUGGGGGCAGGCAAAGCCUCUCUUUCCAGAAGAGGAGAAGAAUCCAUCAUUUUGGAAUGACUGGGCACAGCGCACACUGGCCCAAGCUCUGAACCGGCAGGAGCUCAACAAAAACAUUGCCAAGAACCUCAUCCUCUUCCUUGGUGAUGGUAUGGGUGUUGCCACGGUGACAGCAGCCCGCAUCCUGAAGGGCCAAAUGAAGGGAGGCCAUGGCGAGGAGAGUCUUCUCGAGAUGGACAAGUUCCCCUUCGUGGCUCUUUCCAAGACAUACAACACCGAUGCUCAGGUGCCUGACAGUGCUGGCACGGCUACAGCCUACCUCUGCGGCGUGAAGGCCAAUGAGGGCACGGUGGGGGUGAGCGCUGCAGCCCUGCGAGGCCAGUGCAACACUACGAGUGGGAAUGAAGUCACUUCCAUCCUCAAAUGGGCCAAGGAUGCAGGCAAGUCAGUUGGUAUCGUGACCACAACACGGGUAAAUCACGCCACGCCAAGCGCAGCGUACGCCCACUGUGUAGACCGUGACUGGUACUCGGAUGCGGAGAUGCCCGAAACAGCCCUACGGGGAGGCUGCAAGGACAUCGCCAGGCAGCUGUUUGAGAACAUUCCGGAUAUCAACGUGAUUAUGGGCGGCGGCCGAAAGUACAUGUACCCACAAAACACCACAGAUGUGGAGUACCCUAACGUGCAGAAAGACCGUGGUGUCCGCAAGGAUGGUCGGAACCUGCUGGAGGACUGGCGGCAGAGGAUGAGUAACAAGAGGAGUGCUUAUGUGUGGAACCGGAAUGAUCUGUUAGCACUAAAUCCAGGCAAUGUGGACUACUUACUGGGCCUCUUUGAGCCAGGAGAUCUGCCAUAUGACUUGGACCGGAACAGGACAUCGGAUCCCUCUCUGACUGAGAUGGUGAAUGUGGCCAUUGGAAUCCUGCAAAAUAAUCCCAAAGGGUUCUACCUCCUGGUGGAAGGGGGGCGCAUCGAUUACGGGCACCAUGAGGGCAGAGCCAAGCAGGCUCUGCACGAGGCGGUGGAGAUGGACCACGCCAUUGGGCAGGCGGGCAGCUUGACCAGUGAGGAUGACACCCUCACCGUGGUGACGGCAGACCACUCUCACGUCUUCAGUUUCGGCGGCUACACACUACGGGGGAAUUCCAUCUUCGGUCUUGCACCCAAAGUGAGUGAUAUGGACCACAAACCCUACACCUCCAUCUUGUAUGCAAAUGGUCCAGGGUACAAAGUCGUUGAUGGCAUGCGUGAGAACAUCACCACCGUCAACUACACUGAGAACAACUACCAGGCACAAGCGGCGGUUCCCCUGAACAUGGAGACCCACGGUGGAGAAGACGUGGCUAUUUUCUCCAAGGGUCCAAUGGCCCACCUGCUGCACGGUGUCCAGGAGCAGAACUACAUUCCUCAUGCCAUGGCCUACGCUGCCUGCAUCGGAGAGAACACUAAGCACUGCCAGUCCUCCGGGAGCUACACCUCAGACUUCCGCUCCGCCUGGCUGGCCCUGUUGACCUCAUUGGCCCUAAGCCGACUCCUUUGCUGACCCCUACGUCACACCACACCCUUUCUACUCUGUACCCCACACAACAAUCCCUCCCAAAAGGUGGAGUUGUCAUCUUUAUAUUUGACUGUGGUAUUUUUUUUUAAGAGCUGUAGGUAAAAUCUGAGAAGGUGGAAUCGAAGUGGUGGAAGCCAAUCGAAGAAAAAUGUAUGAAAUGUUGGGCAGGUCAGAUAUGCUGGAGUGAUGUUGUCCUCUUUAUUAAUGCUAAACAAAAGAAAGGGAAACAGCCGGAAUCUGAAUAGAAAAGCUCAAAUGUCUUUUAAGACUUAUCAAUAAAGGAAUUUUUACCAAGAGUU